UCGAUUCCUCUGAUUGUGGCAGAAGGAGCAGUCAGCUUAGGGGGGCUUUGACUCUCUGUGCGGAUCUGCUUCAGUUUACAAACCGAGUUAGUUGAGGAUUCUAGGCGACAUUUUAGGAAAUGGAUAACAACAGCCGGACUGUGUUGGUGACAGGUUUUGGACCCUUUGGAGAACACACUGUCAACGCCAGCUGGGUAGCAGUGCAGGAAAUGAAGAAGCUUGGACUGGGCAAUAACAUUGACCUGCAUGUAUACGAGGUUCCUGUGGAAUACAAGAAAGUCGAGCUCAUGGUUCCAAAGUUUUUGAAACAGUACCAACCACGACUGGUAGUUCAUGUCGGAGUCUCAGGGAUGGCCACCACUGUGACACUGGAGAAGUGUGGCAGAAAUCACGGCUACAAAGGCCUGGACAACAGCAGCUUCUGUCCGGACUCACAGUGUUGCAUUGUGGGAGGCCCAGACUGCAUCAACUCAGUUAUUGACAUGGAGUCAGUCUGCAAGAGAGUAACUGCAUCCGGGCUGGGGGUGGCUGUAUCUGUGUCCAAAGAUGCUGGAAGAUAUCUCUGUGACUUCACCUACUACACAUCUCUGUACCUGAGCCACGGUCGCUCUGCCUUCAUUCACGUGCCUCCUCUCGGAAAGCCUUACAGCGGGGAGGAACUGGGCCGUGCGCUGCAGGCCAUCAUCAGGGAGAUGCUGGAGCUCCUGGACCAGGCUGAGGAGAAGAUUCACUGCCAGCAGCACAUUCACUAAGUGACAUCAGACCAGCCUCUCCAGCCCCUGCCACACAAGACAAAUUGCACUUGACCACAAGUAGCCAAAACUUCUCUUUAUUGUUUUUUUCUUUUUUUUUUUCUUGGACAUAUUGAACUUCUGAGACAUGGCUUUUUUGUAGCAUUUAAAUGUUUUUUUAUGAUUAGGUUGUGUGAUUCUGAUUUUCAUAGAUCUUCUUCCGUUAGAGUUGCAGACUGAAAGCAAUUUUUGGUCACAUUUAACUUUUAUCCUGUUAAACUUCCUGGUUUCUGAAGUUUUAUCAAUAUGAAAAAUAUCCACUAAGGAAUUACAUGUAAAGAGUCUCCACCGUGACGUUAAAAGCGAUCUAAACACCCAAAUGUGACUUCUAUUAAUGCACCUUAUAGGGUUAGGGUUACUGUGAUGACUAUAGAAGGCACAUUAGGGAAAAUGUAGCAUCAGAACUUCUUUACGUUUCCACGUUGCUUCAUCCCAGUAUGUUGAAGGUAGCAGGUGUUUACACCUAAAUGAUUAGACGUUCAUGUACAUAAUAUAUGGUUUAAGUAGAAAUGUUUAGCUGUAAGCUUCUUCUUCCUUCACUCCUUUGACUCUAAACUCGUCGGUCUUUCCUUUUUGAUGUUUAAUUGUUUCUGGGUCAGUUUUCUUUAUAAGAAGUUGUGAAUUUACCUUCCUUUACAAAGGUUAUUUAAAUCAGGGAACGGGUUGGUUCCAGCUCAGACUUCCCCAGUUUGUUGGCCCAGUUCUGACCGAAAAAAUAAGUAAAUAAUUCUACCCCACUGAGAUCUGGCCUUGGGCUGUGCAAUGUAAUUUUACAGAUCUCGCUCAGUGGAAUCUGCCUGAAAGUUUUAUCCUGAUGAUUUUUUUCUUUUUUCUUUGUAUGGCUGCACAGCUGUUGAGAAAAUAUUAAAGCUUUUAUAUUUCCUGACAGAUUAAAACAAAAGGGUUUAUUUUAAGGUGUAAUAAACGGAUAAGGUUCUGGGGGAAAGUACUUGCUCUCUUAAAGGUGUAGUGGAGGAUUUUUGUGAAUUUUUGAAAAGACCCACCCUCUUAAACCCAUUUCUCCUUGUGCACACUGUUUAAAAGUUGCUGUUUGCAACUUUUAAACAAACAAAAAAAAAGAUUUGCAAUUUUUCCACUAUGUCAAAAAUAAUGGAAAAUAAGGGAAAAUGGGGGCGAGCACAUCAC